AUGCGCAGAGAGACCCAGCCGCCGCGGAUAUAUCAGCCGGAACCCAGGCUCUUCCUCAUAGAUGCCGCUGGGGCCGUUGAAACCAAGGUGUAUGUUGGUAACCUGGCCACUGGUGCUGGCAAAGGAGAGUUAGAAAGGGCUUUCAGUUACUACGGCCCCUUGACAACUGUGUGGAUUGCAAGAAACCCUCCGGGAUUUGCCUUUGUGGGGUUUGAGGACCCGAGAGAUGCAGAGGAUGCAGUUCGGGGCCUGGAUGGCAAGGUGAUUUGUGAUUCCCGAGUGAGGGUGGAGCUAUCAACAGGCAUGCCUCGGAGAUCUUAUUUGGAUAGACCACCUGCCCGACAUCCCUUUGACCCAAAUGAUAGAUGCUAUGAGUGUGGUGAAAAGGGACAUUAUGCUUAUUAUUGUCAUCGCGUUAGCCGACGAAGAAGAAGCAGGUCACGGUCUAGGUCACAUUCGAGAUCCAGAGGUAGACGAUAUUCUCGCUCACGGAGCCGGAGCCGGGGAAGGAGGUCGAGAUCAGCAUCUCCUCGGCGAUCGAGAUCUGGAUCCCUUCGUAGAUCACGCUCCGCUUCACUCCGGCGGUCUGGAUCUGGCUCUAUAAAAGGAUCGAGAUCUCGGUCAAGGUCAAGAUCAAGAUCCAGGUCUGUUUCACGACCAAGAAGCAGCCGAUCAAAGUCCAGAUCUCCAUCUCCAAAAAAGAAGGUAAGCUAAAUAACAAAAAGAAGGUAAGCUAAAUAAUUUGUUGCCAAAUUUUAACUGUCAAAUGUGGCCUCUGCAGAAUUUGUUUGCUUCCUGCCUACUUUGCAGGCUUUGAUUUUGAGCUCGUUGGAGAAUUGGUGCUAUAUAUAUAAAUACUAAGUUUCUUAAAGGAUUGCUUUUCCUGCUUCAUUAUCACCUUAUACUUUCAUUGGAAAUAUUUAGUCAUAAAAUGUUAGAAUGACAGUCAAGAUGUGUUUAGUCCUGUGAACCCUUAAUUGUAUAAUUUCAUAAGACACAUGCUUUCCCCACACACAGGUAAAAGGGAAAUGAAGAAAAAUUUGUAGGUUGAAAUCUUGAAGCUAAACUAUUAUCUGUCUAGUUCAGUGAUGGCGAACCUGUGACACGUGUGUCAUAGGUGACACGCGAACACAUU